GCACAAAAAAGAAAAAUUCCAAAAAUCCUCUGCUCGGAGCGAGCAGGAGGAUGUGGAUCUUUUAUCCGGUAAGCUUGCUUCAUUUUGUGUGAAAUUUUUACAUCUCAGUGUGCUCAUCAUUGAGAAAGUAGAUGACAGUUGUUCUAUUAGUUUGUUGGUGUUUAACUUACAGUACAUCUCUCUUUCGCUUUCUUUCCAACUGUUUGGCCUCAAAAGUACCCCUGUUUAGCCAAGCCCCCGGUCUCUUUCAGAAACUCCAGUUUGGUCCACAUGAAAGAAACAAAGAACAUGUCAACUUCAAGAAAUCAACUUUUCCUAAAAAACCGAGGCUCGACCAAGUUCAGUGUGAAUCUCAAAGAAACAAAGAGCACAUCCACGUGAAAGAAACAGCCAGUUUUACUGGUGCACACAUCAGCUGAAGUUCAAACUAAGCUGUUACAGACCUGUCUCACAUUGUCUGAAAUAAAAGGCUCAACAUUCAUCCUGUAAACUGCUGACUGUGCGAAGGUUAAUCCAUCCAGGACUACUUUUAAUCAUGUUGGGCAUUACUGCAGUGUUUCUUCUCCAAUUCUUCCUUACACUAAACAGGGUGAGUGUGAAUUUGGUGGUUGUUUGUUUUUUGGGGCCGUUGAACAACUUUCAGUCCACUGGGACAUUUUUUCACUACUGUGGUUUUGGGAUAAUAGUAAUAUCAAAGUUUGUCCAGCAAUUUAAACAGACAAAACGAUUCCUUUUAGUGGAGCUGCUGUGAUUAAUGGAUUCAAGAAGUAGAAGAGCAGUAGUAGAAGCCAAUCUUCCACAUUCCUUGUAGCUUUAGCUAUCAAGCAAUUAUUAACAUGGGUGUAGAUAUAAAUUACAGUUAAAUUACAGUAAAGACACCACAGGUCCAUUCUUUUGAGUAGCCCCAAGAUAUCCUUCAGUACUGAGUAUAAUAUUACAUAUUUAAGAUACAAUAGUCUACUUAUUGUUGCACAUUUUGCAGGGAUGCAAGUCAUGCAUAUCUUUAUUCUUUUUUCACUGUCAGACAAAACAUCUUCUGAUGUCAUCCAAUUUGUUCAGUGCAGAUCAAACUUAAUGUAGCUUUUAUGUAUCUGCGCAUGUGUGUUUGUGGUAUACAUUGAGAGUAUUUGUCUGGGUGUGAACUUGUUCAAGCAUGUUUUUUUUAAAAAAAAUGGUUUCCCUCAAGAAAACCUUUUGGUUUGGUUGUGACUUGGUUUCUGUCUUCUGUUACUUGUGGUUCUCUGUCUCCCUCUCUCUCUCUCUCUCACUCCCUCUUCUGAGUCAUCCUUCUCAGAAGUGUGUUUAUACUGUGUGGAGCUAAAACUCUCUGCGGCAUUUCAAUCUGGACUUAUUCCCGACUCUCUGUCAAGAGAAACAAAGCAGUGACUGCAGCUUUAUCAGAUAACCAUGGAUGUCUCAGAGGAUGACUACUACUAUCAUGAAAACAUCAGCUUCAACUUCAGCUAUGAUGACUACCCUGCCCUUUGUGAGAAAGGUGACGUCCGUUCCUUUGCAGCCUUCUUCCUCCCCAUCAUGUACGCUCUGUGUCUCGUUGUGGGACUGGCAGGAAACGCCUCUGUUUUGGUUGUCUAUGCCUACCACAAACGCCUCAAGACCAUGACCGACAUCUUCUUGACCCACCUGGCUGUGGCCGAUCUGCUCCUGCUCUUCACGUUGCCUUUCUGGGCUGCUGAUGCGGCAAGGGGCUGGGAGCUGGGGGUGGUCGUCUGUAAGAUAGUGUCGGCAUGCUACACGGUCAACUUCACCUGCUGCAUGCUGCUCCUUGCAUGCAUCAGUCUGGAUCGUUACUUAGCUUUAGCCAGACUGCAAGGUAAUGACCAAAGACAGAGGCUGCAGAGGAUAUUCACCAGGAGGCACUGCUGGAAGAUGUGUUCAGUUGUUUGGGUGACAGCUUUCAUCCUUGGUCUUCCUGAUUUAAUACUUUCAAAGGUGAUAUUGGCGUCUAAUAGGCACGUCUGUCUGACUACUUACCCUUCAUCAAUGGCUGGAGUGGGGAAAGCUGCCCUGGAGAUGUUAGAGGUGCUGCUGGGAUUCCUGCUUCCUCUCCUGGUUAUGGUGAUCUGUUAUUGGAACGUGGGUCGGGCACUCAAAGGCCUCCCUGUUGAAAGAAGAGGCAAGAAGUGGAAAGCUCUACGAGUUCUCCUGAUUGUCGUGGGGGUGUUUGUGGUCACUCAGCUGCCUUACAACGUGUUGAAGGUCUAUCGAGCAAUGGACUCAGUCUAUGCCUUUGUGACACACUGUGGGACAAGCAAAAUGUUGGAUCAUGCAGCUCAGGUGACCGAGAGCUUGGCCCUCACUCACUGCUGCCUCAACCCGAUCCUCUACGCUUUUGUGGGGUUUUCUUUCAGGCAGCACAUGAUGAAAGUAGCAAAGAAGUUUGGUGAGAAGAGAAGGAGGAGGAGGAUGAGGAGGGAAAAUCCUCCAGCUGAGGAAGGAGGAAUGGAGCUAUCAUUCAACUCCCACACUGCAUCCCAAGAGACAAACACAUUCUCAAUAUGAGUUACUACCAGCGGCUCAUAGUGAAAGAUCUCUCUUUAGUCUAUAUAUAUAUUUAGUCUCGCAGAAAAGCAAAUGCAAGAGUUCCAUUAUGUCUGUUUGUGAGAAAACAGCAAGAAGCAUGUGUGGAAUUCAGUCAAACGUUUGCCAGUCAAUUCCCUCCUGAUCAACAGGAAUUUAUUCAUGUUAACUGUAUUUGUCAAUGGAGACAUGAAAACAAACUCUUUGAAGUUUGAAAUGAGACAAGAUGGAGAGUGCAGAGCCUGCCAGCUGCUCUGUGAGACUGUACAGGACAGCUGCGGUGCUUUAAACUAAAUGCUAAGAGGCUGCUAAUGGCUUUAUGUUUUGUCUAGCAGUUUCUCAGGUUUGGUCCCAAAGAGCCACUAUUAUAUUUCAAUGGUUUUUCUUUAAUAACAGGCAUGAUAAUGAACUCUGAACUGUUGACAUAAACUCCUAGAGUUCUAGAGUAUCAAAAAUCCCCUUUGCAAGAUGAAAAAAAAAGGUUAAAAAAAUGGUUGUUUCAUUUAUCUAGACCAGUGAGGUAACAGAUACUCCUCUGGGAUUUCACGAGAAACACUCAUCACUUUUCCAGGUACACACACAGUACAAAGUACAAGUACAAAGUAUAAAAAAACAUUACACUUCACACAGCAAAACAGAAGAAGAGAAAACAUUAAGAAAGAAGAAAAACAAGAUCAAAUUGUGAAACUAUGAAUUAACUGGGUACCUUUCUCUUUUGGAAAGCGACUGUAGGAAAAUAUUUCUUCACUAAUUCUUAAACAUCUGUGUUGUUCAUCUGCUAUAAACCAGAUGUACUACGCAUGCCUGCAACACUGAUAAGAAGUGAGAAAGCAGGAUUUUGAAUCUCUAAAAUUGUCCCAGCUGACCUAUGUUCUUUCUUAGUUCUGUAUUUUAUUUAUUAGUUCAAAAUAACCUUUAUUUCCUGAAAAGGUAAAAAUAAAAGGUAUCAAACCAUCCAUCAGCUUUUGGCACUAGUGGUGCCGCUUACUGAGUUUUGUGCCAUAUCAACAUCAAGUGAGAGCUAAAUCUCUUUCAUGAGGGAACCCCAGAGCUUUGUUGUUUCCUGAAUUCCUCAAAACAUCUGAGACACAUUACUUUACACGUCCUUUUCCUUGAGCAGAUGGCCAAGUGUGCACAACAGACUGAAAAACAACUUCCGAGUAAUGUUUUUAUGUGGUGAUAAUGUUGAUUUUACCUAUUAAGAUGAUUUUUUUUUUGUCUCAACAUGUGUAGCUACACAUCUAGUUACAACUACAAACAUUUAGUCAUACAUAGUCAUAGUAUUAGCAUAUUGUACAUAUUUAAAUAAACACAAUUCAGUGUUAUUGCUUGUCUACAUCACCUUGUUCAUAAGGGAAGAGAAGUUUACUCUUUGUAUUGAACCUUUCAUGGGUGAGUUUGUUUGGGGCCACAGUCACAUUGUGAUAUUGUUACACAAAUCUGUUUGUCAUCUGCAUAAUUAUGGUGCAAUGUUUUCUUGUUUUACACAAACGAGUGGGAACACGUAGAUGUUGAACUGAUGAGGUCCAAGAAUAAAGCCUUGAAGAACUCUCA